AUGACCGACACAAUUUUCGGACUCAACAAGUCGAAUGUUGUCUUAGCAGCCGGAGUUGCCGGUGCUGCAUUCCUCGGAUAUUGCAUCUACUGCAAUCACAAGCGAAUCAAUGCUCUGGAGUACAAGGAUAAGAUUCGGCAAAAGAGACGCACUCAAGCUGGAGCCGGAGGAAUGGAAUCUCAAAAGCAGCAAUCCUUCGUGCAGGAAGUUCAACUCGGGCAACAGUUAAUGGUUGCUGGAAAUGUUGAAGAGGGAGCCGUUCACAUUGCCAACGCGGUCAUGCUCUGCGGAGAAUCCCAGCAUUUUUUGUCAAUCUUCAAACAAACACUGUCGGAAGAAAAAUACCGCGCUGUUGUCCAACAGUUGUCGUCAGCCCGUGAAGUGAGCAUUUAA